UGGAUAUAAAGAGGGGUGCUCGGGAUGCGCUAGCUUCCCGGCCCGGCGCGCCCGCCCCGCAGCCCGCGCGGGGCGAUGGAGAUGAACAUGAAGAAGUUCACCGUGCGCCGCUUCUUCUCCGUGUACCUCCGCAAGAAGUCGCGGUCCAAGAGCUCCAGCCUGAGUAGAUUUGAGGAAGAAGGAAUCGUGAAGGAAAUAGACAUCAGUCAUCAUGUGAAGGAAGGUUUUGAAAAAGCAGAUCCUUCUCAGUUUGAAUUGCUGAAAGUGUUAGGACAAGGCUCAUAUGGAAAGGUAUUCCUAGUGAGGAAGAUCAAGGGAUCUGAUGCAGCUCAGCUUUAUGCCAUGAAGGUACUUAAGAAAGCAACUCUAAAAGUUCGGGAUCGGGUACGAUCGAAAAUGGAGAGAGAUAUUUUGGCAGAAGUGAAUCAUCCUUUCAUAGUCAAGCUUCAUUAUGCAUUUCAAACUGAAGGAAAAUUGUACCUAAUACUGGAUUUCCUGCGGGGAGGGGACCUUUUCACCCGACUCUCCAAAGAGGUGAUGUUUACAGAAGAGGAUGUCAAGUUCUACCUAGCUGAGCUGGCCUUGGCUUUAGACCACCUCCAUGGUCUUGGAAUUAUUUACAGGGAUCUAAAACCAGAGAACAUUCUUCUUGAUGAAGAGGGCCACAUAAAGAUAACAGAUUUUGGUCUGAGCAAAGAGGCCAUCGACCAUGACAAAAGAGCGUAUUCGUUCUGUGGGACGAUAGAGUACAUGGCCCCCGAGGUGGUCAACCGACGAGGACACACACAGAGCGCAGACUGGUGGUCUUUUGGUGUACUCAUGUUUGAGAUGCUGACGGGGUCGUUGCCAUUCCAGGGAAAAGACAGAAAGGAGACAAUGGCUCUUAUUCUCAAAGCCAAGCUGGGAAUGCCACAGUUCUUGAGCAUAGAAGCACAGAGUCUGCUGCGAGCCCUCUUCAAAAGGAACCCAUCCAACAGAUUAGGUGCUGGAUUCGAUGGAGUUGAAGAAAUUAAACGUCACCCUUUCUUUGCUACCAUAGACUGGAAUAAACUGUAUAGGAAAGAAAUCAAGCCACCUUUCAAGCCAGCAGUGGGACGGCCAGAAGACACCUUUCAUUUUGAUCCGGAGUUCACAUCUCGGACCCCAACAGAUUCCCCAGGUGUUCCUCCGAGUGCCAACGCUCAUCAUCUUUUCAGAGGAUUCAGCUUUGUUGCCUCUAACUUGGUGCAGGAGCCUGCACAGCAAGACACACACAAAAUCACCGUCCAUCCCAUUGUGCAGCAGCUACAUGGGAACAAUAUUCACUUUACAGAUGGAUAUGAGAUCAAAGAGGACAUAGGAAUUGGCUCCUAUUCUGUGUGCAAGAGAUGCAUUCACAAAGCAACGGAAACAGAAUUUGCAGUGAAGAUAAUUGACAAGAGCAAGAGAGACCCCUCUGAAGAAAUUGAGAUCCUCCUGCGGUAUGGGCAGCAUCCGAACAUCAUUACUCUGAAGGAUGUGUACGACGACGGCAAAUACGUGUACCUGGUGAUGGAGCUGAUGCGAGGGGGCGAGCUGCUGGACCGCAUCCUGCGGCAGAAGUGCUUCUCGGAGCGGGAGGCGAGCGCCGUGCUCUGCACCAUCACCAGGACCGUGGACUACCUGCAUUCCCAGGGCGUGGUGCAUCGAGAUUUGAAGCCAAGUAAUAUCCUCUACAUGGAUGAGUCAGGAAACCCGGAUUCCAUCAGGAUCUGUGACUUCGGAUUUGCCAAACAGCUGAGAGCAGAGAACGGGCUGCUCAUGACUCCGUGUUACACGGCCAACUUUGUCGCCCCCGAGGUCCUUAAACGCCAAGGUUACGAUGCAGCUUGUGACAUCUGGAGCUUAGGAAUCCUCCUGUACACCAUGUUGGCCGGUUUCACUCCUUUUGCAAAUGGACCAGAUGACACYCCAGAGGAGAUUCUUGCCAGGAUUGGCAGUGGCAAAUACGCACUUACAGGGGGAAACUGGGAUUCAGUAUCUGAUACUGCAAAGGAUAUUGUGUCUAAGAUGCUUCAUGUAGACCCUCAUCAGCGCCUCACAGCAGUUCAAGUAUUAAGACAUCCAUGGAUAGUGAACAGGGAGUAUCUGUCUCAAAAUCAGCUCAGCAGACAGGAUGUCCACCUGGUGAAGGGUGCAAUGGCAGCCACUUACUUUGCUUUAAAUCGGACACCUCAGGCACCAAGGCUGGAGCCUGUAUUGUCCUCCAAUUUGGCGCAGCGGAGGGGCAUGAAAAGACUUACCUCAACCAGGUUGUAGCAGUACCCCSAAAUGCCUCUCUGAAAACCCACAGCUUAUUAUUUGAGAAGUCCAUCUUCACUCGGUUAGUAGAACUUUCAUGGACAGCUUGCACAUGAAGUCACCAGAAGGAGCAGAAGCCCACCAUAAGGCAAGGUUCUCCUUUGCUCUGUCAUUUCUUUUACAUUCCAGACAGGAUCCUAAGUUCAACAGGCUCUCAAAGAUGUGCCAAUUUUGCCAGUAGCUCUAUUUCCUUACUGAGAGAAAGCCAAAUAAAGUAGAGGCAUUCCAUCCUUUCCACCCAUGGAAAUACUAUUUUGGAGUCCUUAAGAUGUUCCUGAGAACAUAAUAUUCAUUUUGUUUCUGAAGAAAAGCACUUUCUGCUCUGAAGAAUGCAGUUGGGUUUGAAUACUCAGCUGCUGCAGUGGACUGUAUGAAGAAAUGGCUCAUGCCAGUCACCAGUAAACAUCUGCUCAUCUGCUGUAAAUGGAGCUCCCCCCAGCAAGAGCGAAGGCUGCGAAGACACAUAUAUACCUUACACCUUACUUGAAACACGUGCUAUCCAACAUGAAGAUGGAAGAGUUAUCAGUGGAGAAAMCCCCUUCUGAUUCCAACAAGUAUUUUGCACUUUGCAGCUGCCCCCUGCGAAAGAGAGUCAGCGGUGUCCUGGGAGCGUGUGCCACGAGCCCUGAUUUACACAGAACUUGGGCCUUUCAAGAGCAGAAAAUCUCUGAGGAACAUGGUCCUCUGAGGAGAUUACUGGAACUUAGGAGGCUGUGGGAAAGCAUCUGCUCAAAGCAGUGUGAGUAGGAGCCUGUGGUUUGGGGAGGAGACAUAUCUGGUCUCCGCCACAUCCUGCUAGCACAAGGAGGCCUAGGAAAACUAGACGAGAGAGCUGG